CAACUGGAUUACCUACUUCAGCAAAUAAACAACAUGAUCCAGACAAUGAUAUGCAAUAUACUUUUAAUCAGUUUAAAAAUUGGGUUUAUUCUGAAGAAAAAAGCAGGAAUGAUUUAGUUAAUAUAGUUAUUAGAGAUGAAUUGAUUUGUAGCACUGAUACCAUUAAAAGAGAUUGUUUAAAAUUAUAUCAAGAUCACAAAAAUUUUGUCAAAAAAAUUCUGCAAAAUAUCUCUAGUAGAAUAUCAUUGACAACAGACAUUUGGACAUCACAACAGCAACUUAGUUAUAGUUCUAUUACAGUCUGUGAUUGUGUUAAAGCAAUUCACACCUCACCAAAGUGCCAUCAAGCUUUUGUUGAUGCUUGUGAUUAUAAGGUUAUUGAUAUAAUUAUACCUUCGCUUGAUUGUACAACAUAUUGGAAUUCGAUAUAUAAUAUGUUAAAUUCUGCAAUCAAAGUUAAACAAGCAUUGUUAAAACUUAAAAGCCAGAACUGUUAUUUUCCAGAUCCACUAUCAGAAGAUAAAUAG